AUGGCGAGCUCCAGCUCCAGCUCUGCCAGCCCCAGCUCCAGCUCCAGCUCCCGCGCUGCCUCCGUCCUCUCCCCUGGCCCGCCCUCGCACCUUCCCGGCCCCAUGGGCAAUGGCGAGAUAGCCAACGGCACGGCCGCCAUGACGCUACAAAAGGCGCUGGACAUCGCGCGCGAGGCCGAGUCCGGCGUCGACCCCAACGUCGCCAACUUCCUGCAACGCGAGCUCGACGGCGUGUGGUCCAAGCUCCGCGCCCAGCCCGACAGCUACAUCUUCACGCGCGACGAGUACAGCCUGUUCAACUACUACCACCAGCAGCAGACGGGCAACGAGCUGGCCACCAAGGCCAUCCAGCGCUUCUGGAACCACUACCGCAUCGCCGACCCGGCCGCCAGAGGCUAG